AUGGUCAUCAAGAGCCAAGGUGCAUUUGGCCAGAUGGGCAUUGCCAACGUGGGUGCGACAACCGGUGCCACAUGUGCCAUAUCCACGAACAUCCCCGGCACAGGGUUUGUGCAGGGACAAGACUAUGAGGUUACAGUCUCGUCCACAACCGCGCUCGGCCAAAAACUUGCAGCCAGCAGCGGCAGCUUUGGUGGCAGCGAGACUGUCGAUGAAAAUUCCAAGGUCACCAGUCACGUCUACACGUGGACCGCCCCUUCUUGUGGCAGCGCCAGCUUCCGCGCCCUCUGCGGCGCUGGUGGGUACAUCGACGAAGUCUGGUAUGCAGACGAAGUUAGCAGCACCGAGGCUGCGGGAAUCACAUGCACGACCACCGGCAGCUCAAGUGACGCCACUACCACGCCGGCAGGCAGCGGUUUGGAGUUGACAGCCGGCAUGUCCAUGACGGCAGAGGUCCUGGACGACACCGACAUUCGCAUCGAAGUUAGGUCCUCUAUGAACACCUGGAUCGGACUUGGCUUCGUGCAGGGCGACAGUGUGUCCAUGAUCAAUGCCGACGCCUUCGUCUGCAGCGGCGGGGAGGUGUUGCGAUACUGGAUCACAGCAAAGAGCACACCGACUUCCGGCGUGAGCGUGCCGGGCUCCUCCUGCUCAACCGUUUCUGGCCAGGUCACCAUGGAAUUCACGCGGAAGCUUGAGGCCGAUUCGGCCAACGAGGUGGCGGUUACUCCAGGUACAUCGCAGACGAUCAUUUUUGCACACGGCGAGGAAGGUUCGACGACCAUGUCCUACCACUUCGGCAACCGAGGAGGUCUGAUCGUUGACUUUGCCGAAACCUCGUCGGCGGUGGUUGCGAAGGCGACUGCACCGGCGAGUUUGUGGCUGCACCUCAUAUUUAUGGCCAUUGGGUGGGGAGCUCUUCUACCAUGGGGCGUCGCGCUGGCCAACCGCACCCGGAAUGUGACCGGGGCACCUCCGGGCAGCUGGUUCAAGCUGCACAAGAGAAUACAGGUGGUCGGCUGGGCAGUGCAGCUAGUCGGCUUCUGCAUGGCCGUGUGGUAUGUGCAGGCCUUGCAGUUUACGAGCGCACAUCACGUGAUCGGCUUCGUCGCAGUGGUCCUCGGCACCAUGCAGCCCUUCAACGCCAUCCUCAGAAAACUCUGCGCCCACCCGCACCCUGGUGACAGCAAGACCGCCGGCCGCCUCCUCUUCGAAAUCGUCCACAAAGGUUCGGGGCUCGGUCAAAGGUUUGGGGAUCCCAGGCCGGUUGAGCUCCUGCAGAUGUCCACGGCUUUCAGGAAUCGGGUGUCGAUGUCGUAUCCCUGCGUCGCACAGUCUGCGGCCACGCUAUAA